AUGACUGCGGGCGAUGCCGCUGCUGGGGAUGGUCCCGGCGGGCCCGGCCCCGGCCCCGCCCAGGCACGACCUCAACCCAAGCGCACCCGAACCCGAACGGGCUGCCUCAACUGCCGGCGCAAGAAGCGCAAGUGUGACGAGAGCCGGCCGUCGUGCGGGGCGUGCCUCCGGCGCGGCCACGCGUGCGAAUGGGGCCUCAAGGUGACAUUUCGCGCCGAGAAUGCGCAGCACCUUGACGAGUCGCACCCGUCGAUGCGGCUGUCGGCUCGCCACUUCCCGAGGGAAUUUAAGAUUCUCGAUGUCACGGCGGAGAUUAUCCGCGACUACGACACCACGUCGCCGAUGUGGGAACUCUACAUGUCGUCUUCUUCGUCGGCCAGGUGCGAGCGGCCCGGUGUGGUGACGACGGCAAGGAGCGACAGCAGUUACACCCUCGGCACGCCGGUUCUGUUGGCCAGGGGCACGCCGUCGAAUGCUAUGCCAAGCUCGAGUCUGUUGCUGGGCCAGAACGCCUCAUCGAACCUCGACAUACCCACCCCGCAGAUCGCCGCCGCCGCCCAUGGUGUAUACCCUGCUUCCCAGGGGCAGUCUAUGUCACCUGCGUCGGUGCAGCACUCUGACGGCGCCGUCGCCAGCCUGAUCUACCUCAGUCAGGGCGGCGAGCGUGCUUACACAUCACAGGCGGAGCCCUCUGCUACUAUAUCGAUACCAAGGGCGACGACGGUCGGCGGGCCCGGGCACCCUGGAACAUCUGUCGCCCAUUUUCUCGACCACGGAGUGCUUCCGCCGCCGACCCCGGAGGGCGUCGCUGUCGAUGACGGCGUGUUCCUGCCUGGCUCCGCGUACCACGAGCUGCACUCGACACUUCGGAGUCGGCUGAUCCAGGAAGGCAUGUCGACCGCGCCAAGCCGGCAAGACACGCCCGUCGCCGACAACGAAUCGGACGCUCCCGACCCGCCCAAGUCGCUCCCGGCAUCCGACUCGCCGUCCCCGAGCCAAUCCCAACCCCCCAUCCUGUCUAGCGAGGUCGAGUGCCGGCUGUGGCGCAACUGGUUCGACGAGAUUGCGCCGUGGCUCGACAAGUUCGACAAUAAGCGGCACUUCCAGCACAUCAUCCCGACCAUGGCUUCAUCGCACGAGCACCUGCGCUACGCGAUCCUCGCCCUCUCCGCGCGCCAGACCGAGCUCGUCGACAGCCAGCCGACGGACAAGAGCCUGGCGCUGUACCAGGAGGCCAUCCACGCGCUGCUGCCGCGGCUGCCGUCGCGCGGCACUGCCGUCAUCGCGUCGUGCGUCGUGCUCUGCGUGCUGGAGAUGCUCAGCUGCUCGCCCAAGGCGUGGCAGCGCCACCUGGACGGCUGCGCGAGCCUCAUGGAGGCGGUCGGCAUCGACGGCUGCUCCGGCGGCGUCGAGCAGGCCCUCUUCUGGACCUUUGCCCGCAUGGCCGUCUGCGGCGGCCUCAUCUCCGAGGUCAAGACGCUCAUCCCCGUGAACCGCUGGGUCAGGCGCCACGGCAGCGGAGGUGGCCUCGGGGAUGCCGCCGCGCUCUUCCGCCGCCAGACCGACUUUGCCUCGUGGGCCAACUACGCCGUCUACCUCCUCGCCCAGGUCAUCGACCUGCUGAUGCCCGCGGCCGCGACCUCGCCCCGCACGCCGCCGAGCACAAGCGCCGAGCUCGACGACUCAGGAAAAGGCCGCGCGCGUUGGCUCGAGCUGUGGGAGCACGUCUGCGGGUGGCACGACGGCCGUCCGGAGCCUCUCCUCCCCGUGCUGACCAUCCCCUCCUCCGACCACCGCUCGCCCUUCCCGACCAUCCUCUUCUCCAACCCGGCCGCCAUCUCCGGCAACCAGCUGUACCACACGGCGUCGAUCCUGAUGCUGCAGAACCAGCCGCGCGCCGGCUCCGGCGCGCACCUGCUGCGGCGGCGCAGCGUGCUCUGGCACGCCCGCCGCGUCUGCGCCAUCAGCAUUUCCAACCACGACCACGGCGCCUGGACUAACAGCGUGCAGCCGCUGUGGAUCGCCGGCCGGUGCAUGAGCAACCCGGCGGAGCACAGGGCGAUCCUGACGCUGCUGGCCAGGAUUGAACGCGAGUCGGGCUGGGGGACGAGCUGGCGGGCGGAGGACUUGAAGGCGUACUGGGGUGAUUUGGGGGAGUAG